AUGAAUUUAACAAUCGAACAAUCGUAAGAGAUUAUUAAAUAAUGGUUUCAAGGAUCCGAAAAUAUAUAUAAUUACAAUGUUUUAACAUAUCCAUCAUAUGAAUAAUAAGUAUUUGUGUAAUACAAAGUAGGCAUUCAUCUUAAAUUAACAUUAAUUAUAUGAGUUGUGUAAAUAAUAUCAAAAUUAGCAGGAUUUAUAAAAGAAUCUAUCUUAAUUUAACAAUCAACAUAAAGCUAUUAUAUAUGUGAUGUUUUUAGCACCUAAAUAUCAAAGAAGUGUAAAAUAAUUUAAUUAUUUAGCUAUUUGAUUUAAUGAAUAUUAAUGGGUUUCAUAAUAUUAUUGUAUUUUAUUCUGAAUUUAGUCACUUCAUAAAUACUUAAUAUCAUUUAUUGAAAGAUCAUAAUAAGUUGCAAAUAUUUGAGAUAAUGAAAUUAUUCUUAGAAAAUCCACUUGAUUAAUUGGAAGAGUGUUUUAAAAGUUUUUUAAGAAUAUGCAUAAUAUAUCCUCAUUGUUAAAAUUAUAAUUUAUUAUUUGAGUUCUUAAAUUUUCUAUUUGAUCAACAUAAAUCUAUUAUAGUGAGGCCAAAUUUAGCAGCAUUAUUAUUUUAUAAAUAUCUAUUGAUAUUAAAUAUUGAUGAUUAUUACAAAAAUUAAUAAUUACCACAUAAAAAGAUAAUUGAUCUUAUGAUUGAAAUAUGGUAACUAUAUUAAUAGUAAAUAUUAUCAUUUGGUAGAGAAUUGUUAAUAAAUUUGUAAACUCCAUUUCAAUAUUCAGAAUUACAAAUAUAAUUAUUAAAUUUAAAUAUAAUAAAAUAAAAUCUACCAACAUCUCAUUUGAUAGCUAAUUAAACUACAACAGCAGCAGCUUAUAAAGCAAGUUAUUAAUUAGCUCUACCUUUUGAAGUUGAAAAAAAAAUUGGAUUUGCAAUAUCUUCAUAAAUGCCCUUAGAUAGUAUUUAAACAUUUUUAACAAUGAUUUUUGAGAAAUAUGGAUAUCAUAUCAAUUUCAUUGGAGCAAUAGUCAGAAAUAUUGUUUGUGGUUAUCAUUUUGAUGAUACAGAAGUGAUAUACAAUAAAAUUGCAGAUAUUCUAUUAUUAAUAUAUGAAAUUGCAGAAUUAUAAGGUGAAAAAUGGCCAAUGUUUUUGAAGUUUAUUUUUUCAGACAUAUUCUUUAUGACAAAGUAAUUGUAGAAAUUAUAAUUUAAGAGAUUUUAAAGAUGAUCGCAAUAUCUUAGCAGGCCUGUAUUUCUUAUAUAAACUUUAUCAUAAAUAAAUGUAUAAUGAAUUAUAAGGAGCACUAUGGUUUAUCUUUUAAACAUUUGAAGUAAAUGAAUAAUUAAAGAGGAAAGUCUAACCAUAAUUACUUUAACUUAGUUCUCAUAAUAUAUUUUAGAAAUUAUUGGAAGAUCAAAAUAUAAAAGAAGCAAUAAAAUGCAAAAUACAUGAAUAUUUUUUGAAAUUAAUUUGUAAUUAAUAUUAAGGACCUGGAGGAUUGAGUUAUGAUUAAUCUGUAUUUGCAUUAUAUACAGUUGAUGAUUUAGACACUCCUCAAGUAGCAUAUUUUAAUGAUGAGGAUCAUAUUGAUAAUUCAUUUUUAGAUUAAAUCUAACAAAACUCAUCAAAUUAAUAAAAUGAUAUUAUGUUAGAAGAAUCCGAAAAUGUAAAUACAAUUUAAAUUGAUAUUAAUUUAUAAAAGAUUUUAGAAAAAGAAAGGUUGGAUACAAUAUUUUAAUAUCCUGAAUAAGAACAAAAUUUAAUUAGAUUAUACAAUUUUUUCAACAAAUCCGUACAACUAGAUGUUAAACAUGUUUUUCUUUCAGAAUUAACCAAAAUCAUCACUAGAUUGUAUGAGGAUCAAUUUUAUGACAUUAAUUAUGGUAUUACUUUUAUUUUUAUUUAGAAUAUCAAUUUAAUUGCUUAACAACAUUAUUAUAAGUUAAUUUUAAUUAAGAGAGUUUGUUAUUUGAUUUAAUCUAAAGUUUGGUUUCAUCUGAAUAAUUUAGUAUUCAUUAUUUAUUUUUGGUUUAUUUUGAACAAAAAAAUAAAUCAACACAUUUAGAAAAAUUGAUUUUGCAAUCCUAAGAUUAAAUAAUAAAAUCUUUUAAAAUUAUUUAAAACCUUAUAUCAUCUUAAAGGAUCUAAAUAAUUUUUGAAGAAAUUUUAUAAAAUAGCUAAUUGUGUUCUAAUAUUGAAUUUGUUUUUAAUCUAUUAUUAGUUACAAACAUUUAAAUUAUUUAAAAAGCAACAAAUAGAAUUUAGACAUUGUUUUCUAGUAAUAAUUAUUCAAUUUUAUACUUUUUAAAGAAAGUUUCUUAGAUAGAAAAUCCUCAACUCUUUAAUUUUAUUGAAGAUUUAAUUAAAACGAUUAUUAAGUACAGAUAACUAUGAUAUUUAGACUUAAUGAAAAUCAAAAAGACUUAAAUAUUCUGAUAGAUCAAAUAUUUGUUAAUAUUGAAAAUCCUACCAAGAUCUUUUGGGAAUUAUAUACUCAAGUAUUUUAAUUAUUGUUAUAAUGCAAGAGAAUAUCUGAAGUAAAUAAAUAUAGAAAAUAUUAAGGAAAAUCUAAUACAAUUUUUUAUGAAUUGCUUCGUUAAUGCAAAUAAAUAUUAUGAGGGAGUCUCUGAAUUAUUUUUAAUGACUCCAAAUACAUUGAAAACUUUUAUAUUUAAAGCCUUGACUAAACAUUUGGAUAAAACUAAAAAUUUUGAAUCAGUUGAAAUAAUAUUAAAGUAUUUGAACAAAGAUUCAAAAAAUAUAAGCUUUAAAAACUCUCUUCAAAAUAAUUUAGAUAAUUAUGUUAAAUUAUAAGAAAAAAAAUGA